AUGAGGUUCAGUAUUAUUCUCCGAUGCUAAAGAAGUUACAAGGUUCGUUCGGUUUGAUAACAGAAAUCAACAAAGCCAACCCUUCGAUAAACCGAUAAAUUCGUCUUGAUUUCCAAAGUUUGGCGCAAAUUCAUUGAGAACGAGUCAAGCUGUUACGAACCAAGGUUUAUAACUGUCAAAACUGUUAUAAACCAGGACUGUAUCGAUCUAUAGAUGAACAAUUGUUUCCAACGAAAGCAAACUCUAGAUUUACACGCUUCAUGCUCAAUAAACCGAACAAAUUUGGUAUAAAAUUCUGGUUAGCUUCCGCUGUCAAGAGCAAAUAUACAAGAAUCUUCGGUCCCACUCGGGGAGUUUGUUACCCUGAAAUUAGUAGAAUCCUACACCGGCUGUGGAAGAAAUAUUACCACGGACAAGUUUCUUACAAAGGUGUCAUUAGCGACAAAACUUUUAGCAAAAAACAAACCACGCUUGUUGGAACUAUUCGGGGAAACGGAAGGGAGCUACCAAAAUUGGAGAGACAGAUAAAGGACAAUACGAAUCGUUUCUCAACAACCUUAUACGGAUCAAAUAAUUGUAAUCGGACAAUUUACAAAGCUAAACCUAAUAAAAAGACACCGAUACUUGGUUCCAUGCAUUCAUCCGUUAAAAUUGAAAAAAAAGUGAUGCCCGUAAUUGUACAAUAG